UCUUUUAAAAAUAGCGCUCGCAGAAAAAACCCUAACCCCACCCAAAACUGACCGUUUCACCCUCUACGCUCCCCUCUUUCUUUCUCUCUCUUAUUUUUCUUUCUUCGUUUGCAGAGAGAGAGAGAUGGCGACCGUUUAAUUCUUCUGAAAUCAAGGCAAGGAGAGAGAAAUUAUUGGGGUUAUUGAAUUCUCUAGUCUGGAAUGGGUUGUUUUUCCGGAUGCUUUGGUGGCGACAAGGAUAAAAAACGCCUCAAGCAGCGGAUCAAUCGGGCCAGCCCCCAACGCCAAAGAAACAGAGUGCAGAAUCUUCAGCAGGAAAAUGUAAUCACUGCAGAACAGUCGGUCGCAGAAUCGAUUCCCGUCGAUUUGGUUCCGGAGUUGGGAAAUAAACCGGAGGCGGCUGUGCAGCAACUGAGCCCAAGCCCUAAGAAAAGAGUUACAUUUAACUCAAACAUCACGACUUACGAGCAUGUUCCAGUAGGCGGAAGUACAGAAUCUCUGCCGGAUUGUACACUAAAUGCCGAGGAAGAAAAGCAGGAAGAUUUGAAGGCAACAUCGAGUCAAUCACAGUCAAUAUCCAGAGAUGAUAAUUCCAUCGCAUCCAGUGUUGCAUCAUAUCCUCCAAAUCACAGGUACCAUAAUGCAAGAGACAGUGAUGACGAGGCCGAAGAAUUUGGUGAUGACGAGUUAGAUGACUUGGAUGAUGAUGAUGAUUAUGACGAAGAUGAUAUUGAUGUUAGGACAGCUGGCAAGGAAGUUUGGUCUGAAUCGGUUAUAACUGCAUCAAUGGAGUCGAGCACAGAAAACCUUUUGGCAGUAGCCAUUGAUGAGGAAGUAGUGAGUUCUCUUGUGAAAGCUAGCCCGUCCGAUGAGGAAAUCACAGCAUUUGGAUCGAAAACAACUAAUGCAAGGGAUAGAAGCGAUUAUAUCAACUCAGCGCUCAACCCUGUAGAUAACAUCACUCAGUGGAAAGUUGCGAAGUCGAAAGUCACAACUGUAUGCAAGCCACAGAAGGAGAAUUUGACUGCAAAUUUUGAGUCCCCUCGUAUAUCUUUCAGCCCAGAGCCAACUUUUGGGCCUUCACCUUCGAGCUUCAAGUCAAAAUCCGGUCGAUCGAAAGAUGCAAAUAAUCAAGAAAUAGCAGUUGAUGCAAGUCUUUCUAAUUGGCUGGCUUCUCCUGAAAUCACCACCACACCCUCAAAGAAAACUGGUUUUAGUGGCUUCGAAGACAGGCCAAUUUUAGGUGCAUUGACUGUUGAAGAACUGAGACAAAUUUCGGCAACUCCCUCUCCGAGGAAGUCUCCUAGUCGAAGCCCCGAUGAAAUUCCCAUUAUAGGCAGUGUUGGGACGUAUUGGAAUCAUUCGAAUUCGGCGAAGCGCUCUGAUUCAUCAGCCUCUUCUUUUAAGGGCAUACCAAACACAACUAGCAAAUACAGAGAGGAUAAGAGAGUUAACUGGCACUCUACUCCUUUCGAGACGAGAUUGGAUAGAGCUCUCAAUCGAGGAGCUGCUGAAGCCUAGUUCUACUACAGAGCGAUUUUAGUGAAGUUUCGAUUUUUUUUUUUUCGUGUGGCUAUUUCUCGUUUGCUUUAGUUUCCCAUAUGUGAGUAUAGUUUGUUAUUGUUUGUGAAUGCUAUGGGACUUGCAUAUGCUGCAUAUAUAUAAUUAAUUCAUUCUGUAUCUCUUUGUAUCGUUAAAUAUUGUAAAACAUCACAUAUGAAAUGAAUUCGUUGAUUGGAUUGCU